AUGAUGAACAAACGCGUCCUAACGGACGAAACAUAUCAGUCAAACGUGGAAUCCAGUAACCAAUGUCCUGCUUCCACUCCGGCUGACUUGGCUGCUGCCCUCCGGAGCGUUGGGGCGCGGGCUCGAAAAAGCGUGACGGAGGGCUAUCCUACCUCGCGAUUUCAAGCCUCAGCGGCCUCGUCUUUGCCAGCCAAGGCCAGGACUUCGAGCGGCACAGCCCUGUUUCGCUCGGCAAACGACACCUUGCGCGAGGUGUACUCGAACGCGCAUUACCAAUCUCCUUGCUCCUCGUCCUCCAAGAAGCGUGCACGCCCAGACGCGGGGCAGAGCCAUUCGGAUGAUGAACGCCAUGCGAAAUCCGACUCGGACACAGAAAUGAAUAUCGAACCCACGGACUCGUUUAUCCCCAGUAGAACCGAUGGCCGGGUCGUUAGACCUCUGAGGAAGACACGAAGGGCGCUGAUGCAGACGCAAUCGCUGCCCACUGAUGUAUUUCGAUUUUCAGGAGGAUCAGUGACGGAAACACCCGACUUGGUCCCACUGAACCCACUCACCGAAAUUGGUGAGAAAGAUACAGAGGAAGACUGGAGCACAGAUAACUUCCACCCCGCGAGUGUAUCCUCGUUUCAGCCUGCGUCGCUAGAGUGA